UCUCAACUUACUCUUCCUUUCCUAAAGAGAAGAAGAAGAAGAUUCUUUCUAAUCUCUUCUUUUUGUCAAGUCUUCUCAGUUAUAAAAAUCACAUAAGCCACCAUUAAUGCUGCCUCACCUCUCUGUCUUUAAUGUCUUUAAUGUCCUUAUCACCUUCUUCUCUUAGCUUUCCAGUCUAUGUGUUAAUCCGACAACCAAACAUUCUCUCUCAUCCACGGUUCCUCCAUUUGUCCUCACUUCCUCAACCUCUCUGAGUUAAGUUCAUUGUCUCCAGAGUCUUUUGCAGACAUUGUGUGUGUGAUGUGUCUCCAAAUCUGCUUCUCCUUCUAGGGUUUUGUCUCCUUUCUGCUAAUUCAUCAUGGCUCAUUCAAAGGUCUUACCUUUACUCCUUCUCUCAUGUGCCCUGUUCUUACAAAACACCCACCAGCUCCAAAACUCUCAGACCCAAGUCCUCUACCAGCUCAGAAAACAUCUAGAGUUCCCCAAAGCUCUCGAAUCUUGGGGAAGCUACUACGGAGACUUAUGCCAAAUCCCUCCAACUCCUCGCAUGAGCAUCUCCUGCGAAGGCAACUCCGUCACAGAGCUUAAAGUCAUGGGAGACAAGCUUUCAAAACCAGCUGGUGGUACGUUCUAUGGAUCUCCCCUCCCGAACCGCACUCUCUCCAAAGCCUUCUUGAUAGAUUCCUUCGCCACGACGCUGACGAGGCUCACGAGCUUGAAGACUCUCACCUUAGUCUCUCUAGGCAUCUUUGGUGAGCUCCCAGGGAAGAUCCAUCGCUUGUGUUGGCUCGAGUCCUUGGAUUUGAGCUCGAAUUACCUCUUUGGUUCCGUCCCUCCUGAGGUUUCAAGAUUAGUUAGGCUUCAGAGUCUGACGCUUGAUGGAAACUACUUAAACGGCAGCGUUCCCGACUCGCUGAGUAAUCUCACUGUUCUUGCUCUGUCCCACAACGAGCUUUCUGGUGAGUUGCCUGAUCUCAGUAAGUUAGAUCAUCUCCAUAUGCUGGAUCUUAGAGAGAACCGAUUUGAUUCUGCACUACCUCUGCUGCCUAAGAGUUUGGUUACUGUUCUGUUAAGUAAGAACUCAUUCUCUGGCGAAGUUUCCAGAUGUUUUGACGGUUUGUCUCAGCUUCAGCAUCUUGACUUGUCGUUUAAUCAACUCACUGGAGCUCCAUCUCGGUUCUUGUUCUCAUUGGCUAACAUUAGUUACUUGGACUUGGCGUCUAACAAGCUCAGCGGGAAGCUAGCGGUUGAUCUGACAUGUGGAGGCAAACUUGGGUUCGUGGAUUUGUCUAAUAACAGAUUGGUUGGGACGAUUCCUAGUUGCUUGGGAGGGUCUUCUGGUGAGAGAGUUGUUAAGCUCGGUGGGAACUGUUUGUCUAUAAAUGGAGUUCAUGAGCAGCAUCAGGAACUGUUAUGUGAAGAGGCUGAAGCUAAGAGGAAAGGGUUCCAAAGUAGAAAGAUUGGGACUUUAGUUGCUAUGGUUAGUGGAGCUGUUCUAGUUCUUGUUUUGUUUGCGUUUGGACUACUCAUGUUAUGCACAAAGCGCCGCUCGUGUUGUUGUUCAAAACACAAGUCAGUGCCUCAAGCUAGGCUUAAGGCUGUGACUGAUAAUAAUACACAGACCAGUCUCUCUUCUCAAGUUCUUGCUAGUGCAAGGUUAAUCUCUCAAACAGCAAAGCUAGCUGCACAAGGUGUGCCCUCAUGCAGGUCAUUUUCUUUUGAAGAGUUAAAGGAAGCCACAGAUGAUUUCGAUUCAUCACGUUUCUUAGGUGAAGGCUCCCUUGGAAAGCUAUACAGAGGAACCUUAGAAAAUGGAAGUUCCGUAGCUAUAAGAUGUAUGGUCUUAUCAAAAAAGUUCUCUAGCCAAAGUAUCAGAAGUCACUUAGACUGGAUGUCUAAGCUCAACCAUCCUCAUCUCCUUGGCUUCUUAGGCCAUAAUUGCACUGAAACCAACGGAGAAUACGAGCCUGCAGCGACCGUACUCUACCUUGUAUACGAGUACAUGCCCAAGGGGACUUACCGUGCACAUCUAUCAGAGUCUUGUCCGGAGAAGAUCCUAACGUGGCCAGAUAGACUAGCGAUUCUGAUAGAGAUAGCAAAGGCGGUUCAUUUUCUUCACACCGGUGUUAUGCCUGGCUCCUUCAACAAUCAGCUGAAGACGAAUAACAUUUUGUUGGAUGGACACAAGAUUGCUAAGCUUAGUGAUUAUGGAGUAUCUGCCAUCAUUGAAGAGAACGAAAAGCUUGAGAUAAAGUCAGAAGGACAUAAGUCAAAGUACAACGUGGCUAAACGAGAGGAUGAUGUGUACAACUUCGGAUUCGUACUUCUGGAAUCUCUCGUAGGACCGUUGCCCACUACAAAAGGAGAGGCCUUUCUUCUCAACGAAAUGACGUCAUUUGGGAGCCAAGACGGUAGACAGAAGAUAGUGAAUCCAACGGUGCUAACAACUAGUUCGCAGGAGUCUUUAGCUAUUGCCAUCUCAAUAGCCAACAAGUGCGUUUUGCUUGAACCUUCGGCAAGACCUUCCUUUGAAGAUGUUCUCUGGAACUUGCAGUAUGCAGCUCAAAUGCAGUCUGCCGCUGACGCUGAACGCAAAUCUGACACGUCCUUGUGAAUCUGAUUGAUAAGUUUUUAGUUUUCAGUCUUCAAAGUUGUAAAGUUUUAUAAGUUUGGUUUAUCAUUGAAAAAGUAAGUUUUCGCGAGUAAAAAAAAUCAUAUUGAGUUUGUAGUAGGUGGAGAGAACUUCUCAGUUCUCAAUCUUCGAAAACAAGGUAAAACUCAUGUAGGAGAAAAUGUCUAAUUAUGUACCAUAACUACUGUAGUUUCCAUAUUA